GCCGCCUCUGUGCUCUGGUCUACUCGCUAUUGCGCUUUCGCAUUUUAUUUUUAUUUUUUCUUAUUAGUAUUAUAGUUGUAUUUAGUUCUAAUUUAAUCUAUUGGUUUGUUUUUCUAUAUGUUAUGUCUUUAUAAGUUUGUCCGUUUUCUGCUACACAAAUAUUUUAAGUGUGUUAUGGUUUCACUCUACUGCUGUAUUUGAUCGUAUCGCUGCAAUAAUAUCAAAUAACAAUGGGUGUUGAUAAGCUUUUGGAAUACCUGGAUAGCGGGAAAAUUGAAGGUAGUUGUGUCAAUGUCAAUCUUACUCAACUGGGCCAUACAGUGUCCCAACAACUUGCUAAGAAAAUGGUUGUUAGGAAAGUACACCAAAAUUUAAGUCAAAUUCAAGUAUCCAAAGCUCAAUUUUGUUUAUUGGUUGAUGCAGAAUGUUGCUUAGAUCGUUUAUAUGGAGGAUAUUAUUCAGAUUGGGUUUGUGGUGGUCAGUGGAAUCGGAUGGUAUCAUUUUUAACUAAUUUCGUCAAUAGUUUACGACAGUCAAAUGUUCAUGUUGUAGUAUUCUUUAAUGGUGCUUUUGAAGAUGACCGCUUUACCGAAUGGGUUCAAAAACAAGAAGAGACUCGUAAUAGAGCUAAUGCUGUAUUACGACAUAUUGCUGCUAAAGGAACACCAMCACCAAAGGUAUGGUGGAUACCGCCUGUUGGUCUACGAACAGCUGUUAAGCUUUAUUUUCACCAUUUGAAAAUUCCAGUUGUUUGCUCUGUAAAAGACCACCAUUUAGAAUUCAUUAAGUAUUGCAGACAAAAUAAAUUCCACGGUUUGAUGGCUGAUGAUGCCGAAUACUUAGCAUUUGAUCCACCAAGGUUUUUCUCAGCUCAUUCACUUAAACUUACAAUGCGACAAACAUUAGAAGCCAAAGAAUAUAUUGUCCCUCAGUUAAUAGAAGAUUUGAAAUUGAGCAAAGACAAAUUAUGUGCUCUUCUCUCACUCUUAGGCAAUUUUAUGUUGCCUCAACCUGAGCUUUAUGAUUAUUAUAAACGUUGUGGCAUAAAUCAAAUAAUUUCCAAGGUUUCAGGUGAGGAAGUUGUCAAAAAAAUAGUUGAUUCACUUCAAAGUUUACCUCCUAUUAAAAACAAUUUGGAUGAAAUAGCCGCUCAUAUACUGGGACAUAAAGAUGAUAAACGAGUGCCAAAAUUAAAAAAAAGUAUACAAUAUUACUUAGAUGGUGCUAGAGAUAACGCUAUCAAAAAUAAAAUUAAAAGCCCGGAAAAGAAUAAAAAUAACAUAAAAAGUAAAAAUGAUUUAUUAGAAUCACCAGCUGCUGGAGUAAAUGAUGUUAAACAAUUGGGAUCUGAAAUCCUUAAUUUGCAGGGAAAAUUAUUAUUAAAAGAUAAUUCUGAAUCGGGUUCAAGUGCAUAUAAUGUAAAUACUCAAACAUCUUCAUUAAACCAGUUGUCUCAAAAUAAAUCUGUUGAAUUUCAUAUUCCUGAAGUCUCUAUUGAUGUAGUGAAUAUAGCAUAUGAAAGACAUACAUCUGGUCUUAUGUCCACUUAUUUAUACCAUAUUUUAACUAAGGCAGAAAUAAAACUACCUGUUGUGUUGGAAGAUGAAACAAAUCACGAAAUUCCAAACAUACAUUUAUUUUAUAGACAAGCUCGUCAAAUGGUAUAUGGUAUUUUGUUUAAUCUUCAUCAUGCCCAUUAUUUAGCAAAAUCAAAUAGCAGUCAAAAAGUUGAGUUGCCAGUAAUUCAAGUACGAGAAUGGAUUAGAGACAAAACAAACACGUAUAAACAUUACCAUUUAAUAAAAGCUGAACCUUUAGGAUGGGGUGUUCCUACUGUACAUAGACUUUGGUUUGGAACAACUCCUGAAGAUAACAUAAGACGUUUGAGAGCAUUUCUUACUUGUAUGCGUUCAGACACUCCUCUUAUGUACAACACGGACUACGUUCCUCAGCAUACAUUAAUCAUUGCAUGUGUUCUUAGAUAUAUUAUGACCUUUACAGAAGUGCCUAUUCUUCAAAAAUUUGAACUAGAUUCAUUGAUCAUAACAGCCAUUGCACCUGAAUUAUCAAAGAAUGAAAACACCCAAGAGUUACAAGGUACUGUUAGUGUGAGAGGUGUGCAAUUAGCUACACUUUUAAUGUGUGGUAUUGAAACAGCUAUGUUGGCAAAUGAUGCUUGUGGUGCACCUUUACCAUGGUUGAUGACAUGUCCAUGGAUGUAUUUUGAUGGAAGGUUAUUUCAGUAUCAUUUAGCUAGAGCAUCAAUAGCAAAUAAAUUAGAAGACUUGUGUGAAAAUCAUUUUUCACUUACAAUUAAAGUUGAAAAAAUGAGGCAGGCCAUUUUAGAGGGGCUGGGUGAACGUUUUCAAACAAUUUCACCAUUCCAAGGAACAUUUUUGGAUACAAUCUUCAAUCAAAGAGGAUUAAUUCCACCUCAAAUUAUGAGCACUAACAUAGCUCAUGCUAAUGUUUCAUUUCCACAACAAAGGCUAGGUCGAUUAGUUCAUCAAAAUCCCAAUCGUUUUCGAGAUAUUCAACAAAAUAGUCGACAAAGAGGUAUUAUGAAACAGUCGUCUGGUGGACAAUUAGAAGUUGCUGGUGCUGUUGUUGGUAUAUGGGGUGCAAAUUAUAGUAUGGCAGCUACUGGAAGUCCAUACAUGGGUCGUGGUAAUAUACUUCCAGCUCAACAAGUGAUGCCACCCCCUAUCGGUGGACCAAGUUCUUUAUAUCAACAUGAUCUCAUACCAAGACCUGUGUUUAAUGCACGUAAUUGUUCCAAACCUGUUCGAGGCCGUAGUCAAGUUCUAAAAAUACAUAAUAAUAAAAAAAAAAAUACUCAUAAUAUUGUAAAAAAAGACAAUAAUAUUAAAAAGGUUCCUUCAAAGGGUCGCGGUGUGGCCGUGGUUAUUCCUAAUUCAGGUGAUACUAUUUCAGCUUCAGAACUAACAGAAGAAUCCAAAUUAUCAAUAUUAAAUAAAGAAAAUCAAAAUAUUAAAGCAAAUGGGAUUGUAGACAGCAUUUUGCCUUUGGUAAAUGGAAAUUCAUCAAUUGAAGGACAAAUAGAAGAUGCAACACCAAAAGAAAAUGGUGUGUUAAAUUCUCAACCUGGAGACACUUCAUCAAAAAUCAUUCAAAAGCCGUCCAAAUUGGAGGCUGAAAACUGAUUUAAUAAA